GCAUCAUUCUUCAACCCUCAUUUCCUCUGCUUAAACCCUAAACCCUUAUCACCCCAAAACAAUGGCUUCUCAUUCAUUUCUUCUUUAAACCACUUCUAACUCCAUUAAACCCUAGUAAUUUCUCUCUCCUCUACAAUGUCUUCCAUCAAGCUUUCAACCUGCGCAACAAUGGCGACUGCAGCUGUGGCCGCCGGAUUUUCAAUUUCUAAUCCUUCCUACGCCGAAGGUUCAUCUUGGUUUAAUCCUUUCUCAUACUCCCGAUCUUCGCCGGAAAAUGAGCCCAAAUCUGAUGAUAAAACUUCUCCGGCGCCGGCGAGUAAUUCCGCCGACGAUGAAUCGAGUGGUCGGUCUUCUGGAUUCGAUCCUGAUGCGCUUGAGAGAGCCGCUAAAGCUCUUCGAGAAAUGAACAGUUCUUCGUAUUCCAAAGAUUUGUAUCGGAUAAUGAGGGCGCAAGAGAAAACGAGAUUGGCUGAGUUGGAGAAUGAUAAAUUAAUGAUGGAGUUGCACCAAAUUAAGCGUGACAUUGAGGGGCAGCAAAAUAUGGCUGAAGAACAAAGACGAUUGGUUGAAGAACAGUCCCGGGUGUUAGCCCAAGUAAAGCGAGAAGAAGAUAAGAUGGCCAGAGAUAGGAUGCAGAGAGAACAUGAAAAACAGAGGCAAAACAAUGUUGAAAUGAUAAAAAUGCAAGAGGAAGCUGCCAUACGUCAAGAACAAGAAAAGCAGAAAACUGAGGAGCAGAUUCAGGCUCGACAACGCCAAACUGAAAAAGAGAGAGCUAAAAUUGAACAGGAGACUCUACGUGUCAAAGCCAUGGCAGAAGCUGAAGCCCGGGUUCACGAAGCAAAGCUGACCGAGGAUUACAACAAGAACAUACUCCGAAAAACGAUGGAUGGCGAAAAAGACAAGUGGCUCGCAGCAAUUAAUACAACCUUUAGUCAUAUUGAAGGGGGUCUUAGGGAGUUAUUAAAUGAUAGGAGAAAGUUAUUUAUGACUGUUGGUGGGGUUACUGCUCUUGCUGCAGGAGUGUAUACGACUAGAGAAGGUGCUAGAGUUUCGUGGGGUUACAUUAAUCGCAUUUUAGGCCAACCAUCCUUGAUCAGAGAGUCAUCAAUGUCCAAGUUCCCGUGGUCAGCAGUUGCUUCACGAAGGAAACAGAAUUUGUUCUCUUCUGCUACAUCUUCUGGAGAAGCAAAAGGGUCAACUGUUAGAUCUGGAUUUGACAAUGUUGUUCUUCAUCCAUCAUUACAGCGGAGAAUUGAGCAACUUGCACGAGCUACAUCUAACACAAAGGCGCACCAAGCUCCCUUUCGUAACAUGCUUUUCUAUGGGCCUCCAGGCACAGGGAAAACUCUGGUUGCGAGAGAAAUAGCCAGAAAGUCGGGAUUAGAUUAUGCCAUGAUGACUGGAGGAGAUGUUGCACCCUUGGGUCCACAAGCUGUUACCAAGAUCCAUGAAAUAUUUGACUGGGCUAAAAAUUCGAAAAAAGGCUUGUUGCUUUUCAUUGAUGAGGCUGAUGCGUUCCUUUGUGAGCGAAACAGCACAUAUAUGAGUGAAGCUCAGCGAAGUGCUCUCAAUGCGUUGCUUUUCCGUACAGGAGACCAGUCAAGAGACAUAGUUCUUGUGCUUGCCACUAACAGGCCAGGUGAUCUUGAUAGCGCUGUCACUGAUCGAAUUGAUGAUGUAAUUGAAUUUCCACUUCCUGGGGAAGAGGAACGAUACAAGCUGCUGAAUCUGUAUUUGAACAAAUACAUUUCUGAUGAGAACAAAGAUGACACCAAAUCUAAGUGGGGCCCAGUUUUUAAAAUCAGAAAGAAGCCUCAAAGCAUUACCAUUAAAGAUCUUUCAGAAGAUGUGAUUCGUGAAGCUGCAAGGAAAACAGAAGGGUUUUCAGGUCGCGAGAUAGCAAAGCUGAUGGCCAGUGUUCAAGCAGCUGUUUAUGGGCGGCCAGAUUGUACAUUGGACUCGCAAUUAUUCAAUGAAAUUGUAGAUUACAAAGUAUCUGAGCACCAUCAGAGAAUAAAGCUGGCUGCUGAAAGUGUGCAACCUGCAUAAUUUACCAAGUCUACUGCUAUCUAUCUCUAUCAGUGUUUUUAGGGCGUAUUUUUUUUUUUCAUACGAACUGUUGAAUGUAUACAUGUAGCUGUAUAUUUUUUCACCAAGGGAUUAGCAGAUUCUUUUGAAAUCUGACUAGACAAGGUAGACCACAGGAUUCUCCUAAUUUUAUUGGUAUUUGGCCAGAGAUAGGCACAUACAUUUUUUUAGCUUAUACUCUUAUAGGCGAGAGUAGAAGGGGAAGUUGUGGGAUGAGGUUCCCUUUGAUUAGAGCAGUCUAUUGGUUUGAUCACGGUGCAAGGUAGAUAAUUCUUGUCACGAAGACAAAAUAUGCAUUUGUUUUCCUCCUAUUAUUGGCGUAAUAAAAGAAAUUGUGAGCAGCUCUGCUUGGUCGUUUUUGAAA